AUGCCGCCGUCACGACCAACCGUCCGAUGCUGCCGCGCCGUCCAGCAACAGCUUCAAGCUUCGCCCGACAACGUAUGGAUCACGGAUGGUCUGUUGGCGAGCGCCUUUGAGCGCUACUGCCACGUAUCACGCCUCACGAGACGGAAAUCGAGCUCUGUACCCGGCCCGCUGGAGAAUCGACGAAGACUGGGCAAAAGGAGGAUGGCGGAAAUGCACAUGGACGGACACUCGACCCUACCACCCUGGGCCAUUGAGUUCCCGGUGGACCUGAGUCAAUGGAAGUGGCAACCGCCGACACUUCGUACAUCAAAGGACCAGAGGGAUGAUCUACAGAGCCAGCAAAGUCAAUCUCUGCUAUCUCGUGUUUACAGAUGGUCGGUGUCAGAACAACAGAUGAAGGAGGAAGAAGUUGACCGGAACGGCAUUGAGGAUGCGCCAGCCUCCACAUUUGACGAUCGGUUGUCUCAAGCCCGAGCCGCCGUUGCGGCAUCGACACGAAACGCGAUCGACUCGGGUUAUUACGACUUUGUCGAGGCCCUUCAAAAGGAACUGAAAUUGGGUGCCCUCGAUCCCAGAACCGUGGACUUGGCUGUUUCGAAAUUCCCCGAGUCUUUGAGCGGGACAAGCGCUGACGGCGAGACGGUCAGCACAGCCAUUGAGCUGUUUCUUUCGGCCGUUGUCAACGGAAUCGCAUCUUCGAAAGUUUUGGGCCCGUCAGAGUUUGAUGCGAGCUUUUGGAAUCUUGUGCUGAAUCGGACGUCUCAGCUGCGGGCCAAUGACGCGACGAUUCUCUUAUUCCAGGCUACGCUCGAUGCGGUCCCUCGCCCAUACCUGAACGACGUCCACGAGGGCAUCAUUGCGGCAGUGCAAACACUAGCCGUGUCUCAGUCGACGGGGCGCAGACGGGCCGCGGACAUUGGCGUUGCGCUCCGCGAAUUGUCACCCGACAACCACGGUGCGCUUCUCGAGGGGAUCGAAACCGCAGUCUACCAAGGUUCGGCAGUCUUUGAGGAGGAAGCCCGCCAAAAGCUUCAUUUCCUUUGGCUGCAGGUCUUGGCACACAUGCCGCGGGUCGACUCCGUCUAUCUCUUUGAUGCUUGCGUCAGGUCCAAAUACUUUGACCGCGAGCUACCCUGGCACGACGACCGAGAUCUCAGCCAGCUUGUCCUCCAGCAAUGGACUAGCCGUGGGUACCUAGGCGAUCACGAGGCUGUCGCAGCAUUCUGGGACCGCGAAUCGUCCAGACAUGCGAGUUCGAGCCUCGCUGCCCUGGUAGCCGGCAUUUGCGAAAUUGAGCACGAUAAACCAAAUCAUUUGAGGAGGGAACAUAUCUGGCUAAUCAAAAACCUCAUGAAGCUGCUGAGUCGCUUCGGCCGCCAGGACCAGCUCAUCGCCUCGAUGCAACGUUUUGCGGAAACCAGGGAUUCGAUACCUGUCAUGCCAUUCAUGCGAGUCGCUUCAGCCAGUCACGACUACAAGACGGCCCUCAGGCUGAGAUCGAUCCUGCUCUCACACGAGAAGAAGCUGGAGAGCCAGAUCGAGUCACGGUGGCAUUGGACGGCUUGGGUGCCCUACAUCAAGUCCAUGAUCAGAGACGAAUCGGUAAAAUCCCGGGACAUUUGGUGGGCAGUCCACUGCGGAGACGGCAAGAUGAAGCGGUACGCAGCGAAACGGCACGAGCUCUCGAUCAGGAGGAAAGCUCUCAUGGAAAACAUGACGGUGUGGUUCGCGAGCGCGACGAACCGGUCAGAGAGGAGCACGUUUCGAGACAUGUCCAGGUGCAUCAGCUGGCUCCGGAACAACAAGGUGCCGCUCAGCAACCGCUCGAUGACGGCCAUCGCCAAGGUGGCCACGCGGGAGCUCAAGAGGGGCGAGUUCGGGCGGACGCAACGCCUGCUCUGGUUGUUGGAUGUUAUAGGACAGUCCAGGGGACCCGAGCAGAGGGCUCUCGUCGCCCGGGUGCUGCAACGGUGGAGGCAGACCAAUUCCGAACUAGAGAGCAAGAGGUGCCGUGAGGCUGAAGGGGUGCCGGACGCCCAGCAGAUCAGAGAGGCGAUUGGGGCUCCGGAAAGGAGCAAGUGGUAG